ACGGACUUGUAAAAUUGUUUUCCUGUGACACAAAGUCUGUGCCAAAUAUAAAGCCAUUCGCUGUAGCACAUGAAGGAGGAGUUGGGACCCAGGCUGGAGCAAAAAAGGGGAAGAAAACCAACCAUUUGUAAUCGCGACCUCUGUCAGUUCAAGCCAAUGACAGUCAUUGGUUCAAGCUAAUAGCUAAGCAAUGUUUUCUUUAGCGACAGGUGUUCCUUCCUCUCCACUCUCUCGUGCUGCUUUACGUCGAGCUCUGUCAACUCUCCGAUGAUGAUGGCAUCAGUUAUAAUCAAGUCAUUUUGAAGAUUAUGCCCUUGUUAAAGACGGGUGGGAACUGUAAAUUUCAUUAUGAGGACAGAUGGUAGCAAACGCUGUUCACCCUAAUGCAGCAUUCAAAGAUCUCUUUCCUCGACUUCCACAUAAGAAAUAAGUUAUGAUUCAGUCUCACAGUGAACAUGAUUUAAUUCACAGAAGGCCAAGUUACUGCAGCUGGCCUUCGAGAGAACUUACCGCAAGUGCACUAAUGAGUGGAGAGAUGCUAUCUUCACACGGCUUAACUGAGACUUUGUCCGCCUUCAGCUAUUUCAAGGGUUUUGGUGACCUGAUGGAGUCACUCACAGCCUCUCCAGGUUAAAGAGAGACAAUCUUCCGGGUGGUUCAAGUGCCCUACAGCAAGCAUGUUCUGAGUAAGGAAUUCUCUCUGGCUGGGCAGGGCUGGUUGGUAGUUGAUCUUUGCUGGUGGGAAAAUAAAGGUAUCCGAUAAUUUCUGUUCUUUUUACUGUGGAGGUCCCCUUGUUUUUGGCAUCUUCUGAAAAGAGCUGGGAUACACGCAAGGCUUGCAGGUGACAUCCAAGGGCCCACAGACCAUCCGUAAGGCAGAGGGAGAGAGUGUGACCUUGGGAUGCAGCUACAAACCAAGCCCUCGUGACACUGGGGAACUUGACAUUGAAUGGUCUGUGAUCAGUCCAGACACCACACAGAAAGAUCAAAUGCUUGUAUCCUAUACCGGUGGCACUAAGUACUUCUAUGGUAACCAUGCAUUUGAAAAAGAGCUCAGCUUUGCUGCUGGUGAUCCCUCGAUGGGUGACGCUUCACUGUCGAUUGCUCUGCUGUCACCUGCUCACACCGCUACCUACCAAUGUAAAGUGAAGAAAUCACCUGGAGUGGACAUGCACAAGAUGUCACUGGUGGUAAUGGCGAAGCCGUCUGUACCUAAGUGCUGGGUGGAGGGAGGGGAACUGAUUGGCAAUCCUGUGUCUCUGCACUGCAAGUCUGCAAAAGGCUCCAUUCCCUUAAAAUACACAUGGAGGAGAGAAAGAGCUGGCUCCAUCCCUGAUGGAGCCGCACAGAACAGUGUGACCGGAGAGCUGAAAAUCAGCAACCACUCAGAGAGCUUUGCAGGGAUCUACCUUUGUGAAGCAAACAAUGCUGUUGGAGUAGAAAGCUGCAUGCUGAACCUGAAAGCCAACAAACCUCCAAACAGAGCUGCUGUGAUAGUUGGCACCAUUGUUGGUUCCCUGCUCCUCAUCUUUAUCUUCCUGGUCUUUGUUGUGCUUCUGUACUGGAAGUUGAGCAGCAGACAUCGCUAUGAGAAGGAAUUUUCCAAUGACAUCAGGGUAGACGCGCCACCUCCUGACAGCCGCCCCAUCAGCCGUCACACAAGCCAGAGCGCCAGUCAGCUCCCACAGGUCACUUACUGCCAGGUUGAUGGCACUGAGGUGAUGUCGUUGAAUGAGGGACUCAGCCACACUCCUUCCAGCACCAGCCACGGACACAGGCCGGUCAAACACACACCAGCAGAGUAUAACAGCAAAUAUGGAUAUGCAGUGUGACACUCAGAGCGAGCUGAAUUAAAGAGAAGUUUCAGGACAGUUUGAAAACUUGAAACUGAAAAUAUGCAGUAGUGGCAGUCCUGCCGAGACUUUAAUUAACUAAAUUCAAAGCUAUGCACUGUGAGGA